AUGACCCAAUCCUACUUUAUUACUUGUAUUUCAAACGAUAUUGAUAAAUAUCCAUUAACUGAAAAAUAUAUUGAUAAAUUUAUCAACGAUAAUAAAACAGUUUUAGAAAAAGAUUCAACUGUUAGUGAUGUACUAGUAUUACAUCCUCUAAAAGCAAUCAGAAUCCCAGUAAACAGUAACGAUCUCCCAUUGAAAUAUAAUCCAGUUGAAGUUUCAGUCAAUAUCAACAAUUAUGACCACUUUAAACCCAAAUUGAUGGUUUUUGAUAUGGAUUCCACAUUAAUUUACCAAGAAGUCAUUGAGUUAAUAGCCAAAUAUGCUAAUGUCGAGGACAAAGUCCGUGAUAUAACUACAAGAGCAAUGAAUAAUGAGUUAAAUUUUAAACAAUCAUUAAAAGAACGCGUUUCAUUGUUAAAAGGUAUUGAGUUGCCUAAAUUAUUGAAUGAUAUUUGCGAAAAUCAAAUCGUUUUGACCAAAGGGGUCAGAGAGUUGAUUUAUUUUCUUCAAAAUUAUAAAAGUACUGUCACUACUACAAAGACUGCUGUUUUAAGUGGUGGGUUUAUACCAUUUGCCAAAUAUGUUCAAAAUAUUUUGAAAUUAGACUAUAUGAGGGCUAAUGAAUUGGGUUUGACUAACCAUGGCCAAACUUUAGAUGGCACUGUAAUCGGUGAAAUUGUUGAUGGACAAUAUAAGGCAAAAACCUUGGUGGAAUUGGCAUCGAUUAAUAAUAUUGACAUCAAAGAUACUUGUAUGGUUGGUGAUGGAGGAAAUGAUCUGCCUGCUAUGAAAGCUGCCGGUUAUGGAAUUGCUUGGAAUGCUAAACCUAUUGUACAGCAACAGGCACCCUGCAAAUUGAAUUCUGAUACUAUAUUGGACAUUUUGUACAUUUUUGGAUUUACCAAACAGGACAUAGACCAAGUGUUAUCUAGUAUGUAA